CUUCGUUUAAUGCAUAGUUAGCAAUAAUCACAACCAAAGCAAAGCUAAUUUUCCUUGCAAGUAAUAUAUUUUAUGCCAAAAAUCAUUACCCCAUGAUUUCUUUGUUAAGCUAUCUUCUCCACUGCAUAAAGCACCAACCUUCACAGUCAUGGACUCUUAUGGAUCACAAAGGCUUGUGGCUUUAGCCCAGCAGCUUCGCUUCUACAAGCCACCCUCUCCAUCACCAGAUGAAAUUGAAGAGGAAAACAUAGAGGAAAGCGCAGGUAAAGUUGUUUCCCAAGUGGGUUUUCAAGAAUCUGCAACCUCAAUUUUUAGAGACCCUGGAAGGUUUAGGCCCAAAAGAGCUGCUGUUUUGGUCUGCAUCUUUGAAGGUGAUGCUGGUGAAUUUCGUGUUAUUUUGACUAAGAGAUCCUCCAGAUUGUCUACUCAUUCGGGUGAAGUUUCAUUACCCGGGGGGAAAGUAGAUGAGAGAGAUAAGGAUGAUUUUGAAACAGCAACAAGAGAGGCGAAGGAGGAAAUUGGGUUGGAUCCCUCACUAGUGGAUGUUGUUACCGUUCUUGAACCAUUUCUGUCUAAGCACCUCCUCAGAGUAAUUCCUGUUAUAGGCAUCCUCUCCAAUAAGAAGGCAUUCAAGCCCACUCCAAAUCCUGCUGAAGUGGAAGCAAUAUUUGAUGCUCCCUUGGAAAUGUUCAUCAAGGAUGAAAAUCGACGAGUAGAGGAGAGUGAAUGGAUGGGAGAAAAGUAUCUGAUUCAUUUCUUUGACUACGAAACACAGAAUAAAAAGUAUUUGAUAUGGGGUUUAACUGCUGGGGUUUUGAUUAAAGCUGCUUCGGUGGUCUUCCAACGGCCACCAGCAUUUAUGGAGCAGAAUCCAAGGUUCAAGUUUCCUAAAGGUGCAAACAAGGAUAUGGUGAUGCGUUGAAUUAUUCAGGAAAAAUGUUGUUGGGUUGUACUCAGAUUCUUGGAAUAAUCUUCUUUCUGUGAUAAAACCCCUCACAACCCACGCCUGUUGAAAAAUAUUGUUAGUUUUAUCAAAUUUAUGUGCUAAAAUAGCUUUGUGGGUAGAUAAGCAGAAUGUGUCAUGUCUUUUAGGCAAUUGUAAAUUGGGGAGACUGAUUAUUCUGGAGGGAAGGAGGUCACUAGAUCAAAUUGCCACAAAUUCUUUAUGGAUUAAA